UGACACAACCAGCAAGCGAGCAUCGUCUUUCCGCCGUGCUUUGUGUCACACCCGUCACCACCACCACCACCCUUGACCAAGCUUGAUCACAGCAAGUCCCGCAGUUGUUCUUGUUCAGCUUUGACACGUGUCUUGUCAGAGCAUCUUCGUUCGUGGACACCACGUCUUCUGUUCUGUGAUAUCACAGCAAACCCCCCAAGAAAAACAAACCACCAUGGCUACCAUGGUCAACAACGUCGAGCAAGGCAUGCUCACCAAGGCCACUCGCAUCAGCGAUCGUUUGCGCGAGAUGGGCAUUCGCGACCGCUCAGAGACUGCCAUCCUCUUUGCUCUGAACGAGCACGGUCAGGAUGAAGCCGACACCCUGGAGGCCCUCAUCUCAAACGCAUACGAUGACUUUGCGCCCACAAAGCCUCAGCCAACGACACAACGCGACCGCCGCCAGCGUGGCGGGUACCGCGGUGCUGGCUUUGACCGCCGGGGUCGUCGCGGCCCCUCUGACACGCGCGGCCGCCGUGAGCGCCCUGAGGGCCGCGGCCGUGGUCGUCGUGGUGCUCCCGCAGAGGGCCGCGGCCGCGGUGGCCCAGCAGCCGGUGGCAAGCCCGGCCCACGCCGCCAGCAGCAGCAGCAGCAGCAGCAAGCCCCACAGAAGGCCAAGGCGCCCAACGGUGACGCCGCCGCCAAGCCCCAGAAGCAGAUUGACCAGCAGCAGGUUGAGAACCAGCAGCCAGAGAGGAAGCAGCAGCAGCAGCAGCAGCGACCAACCAAGGCAGCAGCGCCAAAGCCCGCAGGCAAGUCGUGGGCACAGAUUGCUCGCAAGCCCACAAACCAGGUGCGCGAGAAGCGUGCGCGCGCACAGCAGCUGCGCCAGCAAGAGGAGGAGCAGGCGCGGGCACAAGCCGAGGCCCUCGCACAGGCACAGGCCGAGGUUGAGGCACAGGAGGCACAGGCCCUCGCAGCACAGCAGGCCGCCGCCGCAGAGGAGGAGGCAGCAGCAGCCACGUACGAGGUGGAGCAGACACAGGUCACGGAGGAGGUGAUUGAGUUCAGCACCACCGAGACACAGGUGGAGGAGGCAUACAGCGACGAGCAGCAGCAGGAGGAGCAGGCGCAAGAGGAAGAGGAGAUGAACACAGACAUUGCAUGGAUGCAGCAGACGACCUCCACCACCACCACGACGGUUGUUGAGGACCAAGGCGUGCAGACGCAGAUUGUGCAGGAGGAGCAGGAGCAGACAGAGGCUGUGUGGGAGGGCGGCCGCAGCAAGCGCCAGACCAAGCCCGCAGCAACAUCGGCCGUAGUCGUGCCCGGUCUGCAGCAGAACCUGGAGAACCUUGCCAUCAGCUUUGGCUUUGACGAGCCAACCACAGCGCCGGCACAGGAGGCCGUGGUGGAGGAGCCAGUACAGCAGCAGCAGCAGCAGCAGCAGCAAGAGGAGCAGGGCGAGCCUGAGCUGCCGCCCGAGGAUGCAGCAGUGUCUGAGGCGAUGCCCGCACAGGAGGCAGCGGCAGCGGAGCAGCAGAAGCCCGACGCCCUCAAGCCGCUCAUGAACACCGUCCCAGAGAUGCUUGCACACAUGAAGGGCUCGUCUGCCUACAGCCAACAAGAGCAGCAGCAGCAACAGCAGCAGCCACAGCCACAACCACAACAGCCGCAGCGGGCGGUGCCGGAGCCACAGAUGGCCGCACCUCAGCAGCAGCCACAGCAGCCACAGCCACAGCAAGAAGUUGCACCACAGCCACAACAACCACAACAGCAGCAGCAGCAGCCACAGCAAAUGGCACAGCAAGCGCCACGCCAGCCGCAGCACGCACCUCAACAGCCACAGCAGCAGCCGCACUCGAUGGCGUCCCAGCAGCAUCACCAGGCGCCAGGCAUGCACAUGCACCAGGCACCAGGCAUGGACUCGAUGAUGCAGAUGGGCCAGGCGCCGAUGGCCGACCAGAUGCAGCAGAUGUUUGGUGCCAUGGCGCACCAGCACCAGCAGCACGCCAUGCCCCACCAGCAAGGCAUGUUCCCCACCCCAAGCCAGGCCCAGACGCAGUUCCGCGGUCCCCCCAUGACCUCUGCGGCCGUGCACCGCGGCGGUAUGGGCAUGGGCAUGGGUGGUGCUGACCAGGGCGCGCAGGAGCACUACGGCAGCCGCCGCCACCACCGCCACCACGCAGGCCCACACGGCCAGCAGCAGCCACAACAGCAGCAGCAGCAGCAGCAGCCGCAGGACCACACCCAGCAGAUGACCCGCGACGAUGACAUGCCCUCCCAGCAGGCUCCCCAGCACCAGCAGCAGCAGGCGCAGCAGCAGCAGCACGGCGGCCCCUCGCACCACCACAAGGGCCACAAGGGCCAGGGCUACGGAAACCAGGGCUACAACAGCCGCUACAACCGCCCCAACCAGCAACAGCAGCAGCACAUGGGCAUGGGAUUCGCCCCGGGCUUUAUGCCCAUGUACCCGCCGUACAUGUACCAAAUGCCGCCAUACGGCCAGCGCGGUGGUCAGCCGCACAUGUUCCAGCAGCCUGGCGCCGGUGCUCGCGAUGAGGGCAACGACUUUGAGGAGAUGGGUGGGCAGCCAACGAGCCGCCACCAGGGCCCCAUGUACGGCCAGGACUUUGGCGGCCAGAUGCCAACGCAGAUGCCCCCCUACAUGCAGUACUACAACUUCCCACCGCAGUACUGA